UAUUGACAGUUUUCCCUCGUUUUCAUUUCUUGUUUCCUAAUUUAUACAGGAGUUUAUUUGAUUUGACAGAAUACAGAAGAGAUAAACAGACGUUGUUCCGAUAUUUACUAUAAUUGGAAUACGGUUUAACGGAUCAGCAUUGACGUUUUGUGCUAUUGAUGGAUUAAUCAGAAUAUAAGUCACAUCACUGGAAAUAAACGUUAUUGCGAUCGGAUAUUCAACAGAGCAUCAGAAAUGGACUUCAAAUUCAAAUUGUUUGUUACCAAUAAUCACUGGAUAUUCUUAGUCGUAGUUGGAUGUAUUCAAUUUGUGGUCACGGCAUCUUCCAAUUGUCCGACAUUUUUCAAACACACAGGACGAAAGGACGAGGAAGUGAACGUUACAAAAUCGGAUUUACAAAAAUGUGCACUAUUUAACGAUCUUGUCGAUAAACUAGAGGCGCUCAAUAUUCUGAUACCACGUGAUACCUCUUGCUAUACAUUAUUGAAAGUAGGGCAGACAUAUGGACCAAAAGAUCCAAACUCAAAUUCUCAGACUUUCAGUGUUACAUUCCAUUUUCAGGAAAAUUUUAAAACCGGAAAUACACUAGAUAAAACGUCGAUAGACACAACAAUGUGCACCACCGGAACUGUAACCUAUCAUGCUCAAGGGAGACAAUCACAAAAUGAAAAUGAUACCAAGAAUGGAAAUGAUACUGUUGCCCUAGCAACGAGCAUAAAUGAUGGAGAUUCAUCAGGUUUGAGCCAUACACAGGUUGUUGUGAUAGCUACCUGUUCUGCAGUCGUGGGAACAUUUUUUAUAUUAGCAGCUGCACUAAGAAUAAGAAAUUGUAUGAAACGAAUUCGAGAAGACCAGCAAACCACUAGACGUUCUAACAAUUAUCGACUUCCUUUAUCAAAGGGCCCUAAUUCUCUUGAAGGACAUUCUCGAAAGACUUCUUCAACACAUAGUCAACAGAACAGCCUUCUCGACAAAGAUGGUAGCACAUUUCCAAACAGUAAUUCACCAAGUGCCUGUCGUGAGCCACUAUUACUUGAUACAACACCACGCCUUAUAGUGACAGCGCCAUCAACAGCCGCCAGUACUCCUGCGGACUCUCGCAGCUUUAUACAAUUUAUUGAUGAGGAGUCAGACAACACUAGUCAUAAAACUGAGGAAAAGAAUGAAGAUUCUGAGGAUCCAACAAAGGAGGAAAGUGAAAAAUUAUCAGAUAUUGUAAAACCUUUAGCUGAAAAGUCGACUGAAGAGGUUUCCACAUUCGAUACUAAGGACAAAGAAGGACAUUCUGUUGGAGUUAUAAAUGUUCAAGAUGAAAAUGAAAUUGAACGCAAUCAUAUUGGAGAAGACGAUUUAAAGUUUAGUUGUGCAAGUCAGGAGGAGACAAGCGACAUUUCACCAGUUUCUAUAGCGGAAUCACAUUCUAUUACUGUUGGACUAACCCAAUCAGACGAUAGUUUAUCUUCCCAUAAUCCAUCAUACUGUUAUGGUAACCAGGUUGAAUACUCGGAUAAUGGAGGAUAUGGAAAUGUCGGCUAUUGCCCACAAGGACAAAACGAGGAAAUUUUCGAACACGACACUAUAUUAGAAAACGAUCCCAUUAACGGGGAUACAAAUGGAAAAACAUUGAAUUUUAACACACAUUUUAGUGAAAAUAAUGCAACGUCAUUUGAGAGAGAUGAAAUGAGAAAUGCUUUUAAUGAUAAGAUGCAAGCAGAUAAAAAUGAACAUGGUGCUCGGCCAUCUUUAAAAGACACACACAACGUGAUUAGUCUAGACCAAUAUGAACAACGCCAUAAGUUGCAAAGACAAGGUAGAACUUUGCAACAUACUAAUUCAAUUGACAGUGAUGCAUAUUGACCAAGAACAUUUAAAACUUACUCAUACACCGUCCGUGUACUCAUCUAUGUAUAAAGCCUCCUUUUACAGUAACUGAAAAAGGCACUCCAUGCUUUUUACAUGUAAUACAUAAUGAUUGUUGUUUUUAAAACUGUUCAAUUUUUCUACAGUGAUAACAUUUUUUUGGGUUAAAAUAAUGAGUGAUAAUGCUCUUUGUUCGAGAGCCACUGAUGAGUCUUUUAAUUUGUAGAUGAAUUGCGACUUUGGCGUACCAAAUUUUUAAGCUGGUAUCUUUGUCGCAUUUUUUUUUCAUCAAUAAAACUUACUGUAUGUUGUUUCUAUUUCAUUCUUAUGGUCAUUUUGUUUUAGUUUGGUCGGGUAUCAAUAAUAGUAAUGAACCACAAUUAUAAAUUAGUUUUCCAUGUUAUUAAUGGAACUUGAAGGUCAAAUCUAGCAACUUAAAAGGACGUGUCAUUCUGAACUUUUUUUUAAAGAUUCAACUCUCUUUUACGAUCACAUAAAUGUGCGCUUCGUAACAGACAUAUGUGUUAGUCACAACAAACAUCCAGUAAGUGAUUCUUCUAAAGUAUAUAUUUACUUGUAACUUUUGAUUAGAUCUAAAAUUGACUUACUCAAAACAUUCCAUUGCAUUAUUUGUAUUGGUUUAUUAAUGUUAACUUAUUUUCCUAUUUUAUUAUUAUGUAAAAACCAUAUGUUAUGAUUUCCGCCUAAUGUUGUUAAUUUUUGUAACAUCCGGUUUAAGUGAUUUUUUAAAAUCCGGUUUCCAUGAUUUUGUAACAUUUGGUUUCAAUAAUUUUGUUACAUCCGGUUUAAGUAAUUUUUUAACAUCCGGUUUUAGUGAUUUUGUGAACGCGUGUGUAAUCUUUGAUCAUGCUCAACGAAUCUUCAUUACAACAUUCGUGGGUGUGUACAUCUUGUCCAUGUUGUUAUGAAUUUAAAAGGUCUCCACUUGAAUUGUUUGUAUUAAAUAUGUGUUUAAAAUCAUUUACUUCGUCUUAUUCCCAUUUCAAUGUUUAACCCGAAACAAAGCUGCUUGCUGGUGUCCUAAAACUAAAUGAAGAAAAACGACUCCGAUCAAGUGGCAGCAAUUUUAUUUGGAACUUUAAGACCAGUUGCGGGUUUUUUUCAUUUAUUAUAAAAACAAGUUUAUUAAAUCAACGGUUUGAAUCUGUAAAUAUGAAAGCUCUUUUCCGAUGUCAGCUAAAAUAUGAAUCCAGAAAGAUAUUAUAGCCUUUUUCAAUUUGUAAACAUAUAUAGAUAUAAGAAGAUGUGGUAUGAGUGCCAAUGAGACAACUCUCCAUCCAAGUCAAAAUUUAUAAAAGUAAACCAUUAUAGGUCACAGUACGGUCUUCAACACGGAGUCUUGGCUCACACCGAACAGUAAGCUAUAAAGGGCCCCAAAAAUUACUAGUGUAAAACCAUUCAAACGGGAAAACCAACGGUCUAAUCUAUAUAAAAAACGAGAAACGAGAAACACUUAUGAACCACAUCAACAAACGACAACUACUAGCAUCAGAUUCCUGACUUAGGACAGGUGCAAACAAAUGCAGCGGGUUUAAACGUUUUAAUGGUACCAAACCUUCACCCUUUUUCUGAAACAAUAGUGUAACAUCACAACAUAUAGUCAUUUUACAAAUACUUUUCAUCUUUAUAAAAUAUAAAUGAACACAAUCCAAAUUGCUUGAAAGGUAAAAGGAGAAGGACCAAAUGCUUUGACAUGUUAAAAUCUCCUGAUAUGCAUGCAUGAUCUGAUAAGCGAUUCACAAGUCAUAUUCAGUGUCACUUCCAAAUUCACGACACAUAUUUACCAAGCCCGAUGCAUGAUAAUGGACGUGGUAUCUAUAAAAUAUAUUGAACAAAUAGUUAAUUUAGACGCUGUCUUUUGACAAUUUUGUAUUUUUGUUGUUGUUCAAAGGUAUAUACAGAUUGAAUAAUGUCGGGUGUACCUGAUUUUUAAAGGAAUCCCGUCAAGACAACCAAUUGUGUUUUAUUUACAUACAAUGUAAACAUGUCAUUUGAUAAUGUGCAAAUAAACAGUAGUAUCAACAAUUUAA